UGUAUGUUUGCCUGACUGUCUCCAGAGUUCUUGACUGCAUCAAACUCUUCCUGAAUCUUGGUUCACAGAAGUGAUCUAAGAGGGCAGGGAUGUCUCAGAACAACACUAGCAAAGAAGUUCCUGCUGCCACCUCGGAUGAGUGCCCUGUGUGUUAUGAAACAUUUCAGUCUCCAAAAGUGUCACGCCGGAUGCUGAGCUGUGGCCACUCUUUUUGCCACGACUGUUUGGUCAAGUGUCUACUAUCACGUGAUGAAGGCCAUCUGCAAAAUACCCUUACAUGCCCCAUCUGUCGCUUUGUGACCUUUCUCUGCAAGAAAAGGGACUGCUGGCCUUCCAAGCCAGCCCUGAGUCCACCCUCCCUGGAGUUGCCACUCUCACCUUCCUUGUUGCCCUGCGGAGUGCCACUGGGGCCUGCAAAUACUUUGGUGGUCCCUGGCCAUUUCCUCUUGCCCCUGCACAGUUAUGACAGACACCAAGGUUUGCAGAGGUAUCCUACCAUGGACUCUGUGGUACAGCCCAGUGGCUUGGAACGUGAAUCCCAGGUCUUCAUUAUUACUCAGUGUGGAAUGCCACUAAUUGAAGAGAACUACGUUACCAUAGCUCAGGAUCACAGCACUAUGGAACCUCCUGAAUCAGUGGGACCUGAAACAUCUCUUGGAACGGGCUGCUUCCAGUCACCUAUUAUGAUGGCCAUUUUCCUUGUCUCUGCUGUCACUCUGUUGGGGGCUGUACUUCCCUGGCUUGUGCUUGUGAGAAAUAAUGAAUGAACACGUUGGAUGGAUCCUUCCAUUUCCAAGAAGGAACUAUUCCAGGAUCAAGAUUGUUCUUCACCAUGUCUACAGUAUGGA